AUCCUAGUCUCUCUCUCAUUCAAGACAAUGCAUGUCUUCUUCUACCUAUAAAUUCAAGACAAUGCCUUUGCUUCAGAUUCAUCCACACAACUCUUUCUUCACUUGCUAAGAACUUUUGGUGACAAUCAUGGCUGUUGAUGAGAAGUAUAGUGAGCUAGUUUCGGAAGAUGGUAUGAAAUUACCUGUUGGAUUCAGGUUUGAUCCAACUGAUCAUGAGCUUGUAGAUUAUUAUCUGACGAGAAAAGUCUGUAACCAACCUCUUCCAAAUCUCUUGUUAGAAUUUGAUGUAUUUCAAACUGAGCCAUGGAAGCUGCCAAGAGAUAAUAGGACCUCUUCAAAGCAUAUGAGGUACUAUUUCUUUGAUAUCAGGAACCGUAGGUUCGAGAAUAUGGAUGCAAGAAGAGCUGGAAAUGGUGAAUGGAGAAUAUAUGAGAGGAAUGAGGAGUUUGCUCUUUCAAACAAUCAAUUGAUUGGGAGAAAGAACACAUUUGUUUACCGGAGAAUACAAGGAAAUCAAGCUCUGAUGACACAAUGGAGGAUGCAUGAAUUUGUCAUCGGUACAAUUUUUCAUCAAACUAAGGUAUACUCAGCUGUAGGUGCCUAUCGGAUAUUUAAGAUGAAGGUGGCAAAAGCUGAGAAGAAGGCCCCACCAACUGUGAUUGAUUUCACAAUGGAGGAUGCAAGUGUCUCUGCCCCUCCUCCUUCUCCAUGAACUCAUGUUUCAUUUUCUUGAAUUUAGAAUAGUUGUAAUACAUCCAUUAUUUUAGUUUAAAGAAUUUAGUUGUAACUUGUAAGUCCUAUGGACAAAAAAAACAUGUUUAAUCUUUCUAGUUUUCAGGAAUUGAGGUAGUUGUAACUUGUAAGUCCUAUGGACAAAAAAAAAACAUGUUUAAUCUUUCUAGUUUUUCAGGAAUUGAGUUUUGUGUUUGGACUCA